UGGGCAGACUGGGCAGAGGGAAGGAGGAAGUCCUGGCUGGAGGUGGCGGGUGACCCAGAGGACCCGAGCGGGUGUGAGCUGUAGUGCAGGGCACCGCUGCUCGCCCGCCCGCAGAAAACCGCGUCUCUCGGCUCGCCUUAAUUCCAGAUCGCCAACGGCCACCCGCGAGCGCGGAAGGACAAGGCCGGGCCCUUCCUUGCAUGCUCUGGGGAUCCUUGAGGGGAGCUGUGCCUGCCCUCCUGGCGCGGUGGCUUCAGAUUGAGCAGAUUGCACACACAACUGCCUAUUAUCUUUCACUAAUCAGCACUGUGUGGCAGGACAUCUGAUCUGCAGUGGAAAGUAAAAGAAAUAACCUACCCAACAAUAAAUAAACGGUACAAGACAGAGUUCACCAUGAAUGGUCAGCUGGACUUGAGUGGAAAGCUUAUAAUUAAAGCUCAGCUGGGUGACGAUAUUCGUAGAAUUCCUAUUCAUAAUGAAGACAUCACCUAUGAUGAGUUAGUGCUGAUGAUGCAGAGAGUUUUCAGGGGAAAACUUCUGAGCAAUGAUGAAGUCACAAUAAAGUACAAAGAUGAAGAUGGAGAUCUUAUAACAAUCUUUGAUAGCUCAGAUCUUUCCUUCGCAAUUCAAUGCAGUAGGAUACUGAAACUGACGUUGUUUGUGAAUGGGCAACCAAGGCCUCUAGAAUCCAAUCAGGUGAAAUACCUCCGCCGAGAACUGAUAGAGCUUCGCAACAAAGUGAAUCGGUUGCUGGAUUGCUUAGAACCACCUGCUGAGCCAGGGCUUUCGACCAGCCUCCCUGAAAAUGAUGUUGCAGAGGGUAGGGAAGACAAGCCUGCUGCUACUGAUUCUGCUGUCAAGCCUUCUACUCAAGUUAUAGCAGCAAGUAUGUCUGCUUUUGAUCCAUUAAAAAAUCAAGAUGAAAUCAACAAAAAUGUCAUGUCAGCAUUUGGGCUGGCAGAUGAUCAGGUGUCGGGACCAGCUAGUGCCCCCGUAGAAGAUGGCUCUGGGACACCUGACAGCAUCACUUCUUCAUCCUCUGCAGCUCACCCACCUGGUGUCCAGCCACAGCAGCCACCAUAUGGAGGAGCUCAGCCUAGUCAGAUGGAAGGCCAGAUAUAUCAACAGUAUCCACAACAGGCUGGAUAUCCUGCUCAACAGCCACAAGCUCAGCCUCAGCAACAGUAUGGUAUGCAGUAUCCAGCAGGCUACAGCCAGCAGACUGCUCCUCAACAAGCACAGCAGUUCCAGGGAUAUAAUCAGGCCGCAUCACAGGCUCCAGCUCCUGGCUUUCCUGGCCAGGCUCAGCAGCUGCCAGCUCAGCCGCCUCAGCAAUACCAGGCAGGUGCUUAUCCACAGAACUACACAACACAGGCUUCCCAGUCUGCCAGUUAUAACAUGCCCCCAGCUUCCCAACCUGGCAUGGCUCCAAGCCAGCCAGGUGCCUAUCAGGCAAGACCAGGCUUCACCCCACCGCCUGGAACUACCAUGACACCCCCUCCAAGUGGCCCUAAUCCUUAUGCACGCAACCGCCCUCCCUUUGGUCAGAGUUAUACCCAGCCAGGUCCUGGCUAUCGAUAAGGAAGCUGUGCUGCUGAAAGACCCCCAAGCAGCUGUUGAUGCUAUUCCAUCCAUACAGACUUCAAAGGUUCUUUAACAGAAAUACAGAAACUAAUGAAAGGCAGAAUAUUCUUUGGUAUCACUGUUGCUGUUUAAUUUGCUGGGAUAAACGACCAAAUGAAUCUUGUUUCCUGCUUUAAAUCUUAUUGGCUUUCUAGUUUAAUAUUGGUUCCUUUGGAAACACUACCUAAAUGUUUGUAAAGUAAUGACAUUCUAGCCUGCCAUAUUAAACUGCUAGGUGAAAAUCUAGGUGACCUAUUUGGCUUGUUUUUACUAAUAAAACAUACUAAAUUAGACCCACCUGUUUAAAAACUAGGUAUAAUGUCUAAAUUGUAACAUGCACAAUGAAAGUGAAUAAAAUAUUCAAACAGU